GUAGACACCGGUGAUUGUUCGUGUGUCAAAGGUAGAUGCCGGAUGCUUGAUCGGCUACGUUUGCUCAUUAAACGCCUUUCCCCGAUUCAACGUCAUUACCGCUAACCGAAGAAGGUAUAAGUUUCUAUCUCUAGCUAUGGUUUUAGUACGUGUUCUUGGGCUAGUAAUCACUAUUGGGAGCUUAAAUUUUUGUAUUUCCGCUGCCCUCCCAACCGUGAUUACCUUUCACCUGGUUCCAGCAUAAAACUGAUUUUGCACUGUGAGCCCCCUGCGAUAGAAUCCAUGGCCAUAGUCAGAGAUUUGCUUUGCCUCAAGACGGUCCAUGUGCUCCUCAUAAGUAAGAAGCUCUAUCUCAAGCGAGUGACAGACUUCAUCAAGUGAACUUUGAGAAGUCUCAGCAAAACUCCUUUCCUCAGUAAGGGCUAGGUUGAGCUCCUCGACUUGGCGGGAGAGCUAGCGCUCCACCUCCUUUGAAUGUAAGCGCCAUUUGUGUCAGCUUCUUUUGCCGCUUUCUAAGCCUCAAGACUCGCUUGCCCUCGCCAUUUCUGCUCAAGCUCCUCUUUCACGGCGCAACGAUGGAGAUCCGCUUGUUUGCAGAUAGCUCGCUCACGCUCCUCGCACUCGGUGUGCAUCCUUUGGAUGGUCUGUUCCUUAAAAAUCUAGGCUUGGUCGACAUCCUCAAGCCGUUUUAAAAGGAGAUCUCGAUUUUUGGCCUUGAGUUGGUCACGCUCAGAAAGAACCCGAUCAUAGUCUAGAUGCUCACGGGACAAGGUGGCAUUACGAUCCACGAUACGGUGAGAAUGACGCGGGGCGUCUGAAACAGCAACAUAGUAUGCCUGUUAGGAAUAAAGAGAACAUUUGACCAUGAGUAAAAAGGAAAGGGAAAGAAACAAGCUAAGUCAAGUAAAGCUUUAAAUAUCAUGCGAGUAUGCUCCUCUAGAAUGAAAGGCUAGGCCAGACUUUGGAGUUCGUCUGGGUGUUCCGUACGGAAUUUCUUCCUCAUGCAGACGAAGUCGGAAGUCCAUACCAGCCCAAGCAGUGUAACCCGUAAAGAGAUGGGCUUCUCGAGCAUAAGGGUAAGGGAGAUUGGCAGAUCGCAUGUGCUGACCCAAGGACAGCAUGUCACCAGCAACCUCCACAUCCAGAGGACGGUGAUCCAGAAGACGGUGAGAAGUUCCGAGAGAAGCCCGGACUGGAUCCAAGUCCAUGCACUUGGACGUGGAGAUGUUCUAGAGACCCCUGCAAGCCAGUGGGGUGUUGAGAAAAAGAAGCUCCGCCGCCAAAGAGAUUAGUCAGAGGCACACCGAGAAUAAAGUUAGGACCCCUAAGGGCCGUGGGAGAAAACUCAGAAAAGUUGUAAAGACCUUCCUUAUCCUCCUAGUUGUCGACCUCUCCCCCUUGGUGGACCGCCUGGAUAGUCGCCCAGUACCUCUCGUUCAUAGUGGCCGAGUGGACGUCCUCCUCUCCCUCUAGAGAGGGAUCCCUUCGGGAAGAGCACCGUGAGCGGCGCACACGUGUGGGCCUAAGUGGAGGGGCCCAUGUGGAAGUGGUAUUCCCAGAUAUUGCUUGUAGGGGAGCAUCCAAAGGUAUCCAAAAACCAAGGCCUCGAAUGUAGUCGUUCUUGGAAAAGAGAUUGCGAGGAAUGGGAUGACCAUUUUUUAAGAAGAGCCCGAAGAUCUCCUCAAGAUGCAGAGAGUGGGGAGGAAAAGAGUAUGAUGGGGACUUAUCCUCCUUCUUCCUCCACACAUUGGGGAAAGGAAGAUUUUCGUGUUCCAUUACCAUAAAGAAUCGGCGGUACUAAUCCUCAAUUUUAUUUUCCGGACCAUCAAGGAUUUGCUUAUCUGUCUUGGCCGUGAAACUGAAGAAACCCCUACCCGCAUCACGAUCAUACUUGUGGGGCCGCAAGAAGUGUAGGAAGAUAUCCAAGGUUGGCUCUAUGCCCUUUUAUGACAACGGGCCAAGAAGUAGAAGAUAGUCUCGUGAGAAUUGGAGAAUAUUUGGGCAGGAGGGAUGAAGUAGUGGUUACAAAUGUACACCAAAAGGAUAUGGAGGGGAAAACGCCACUCUAGCUUCACCGAGUCAUAGUGCACAAUGAGGCGGCAGACAGGAUUGUGUUUAUUCUCCAAAGUGGUGCCAUCGGCUGGCAGACCUCAUAACAAAGAGGGAUCAGACCCCUCAUCUCCCUAAGCUGAGCAUCAAAAAUGGACAAAACGUUCUUGUCACCCUUCGAUUUUUUACCACCGUUGAAGAAUUUAGUAGCCUUAAUCACAGCUUUCUUCAUUCUGGGAGAAGACAAGGAAGAAAAGUUUAAUUUGGUGCAAAAGAAGGGAGACAGAAAU